AUUCAAUACAAAUCUAAAAAUGGUAACAGUUUCGUUGCCAAAAAAGGACCAUCUUCAUUCUUCAAGCUUCCAGUCUUGUGUUUUGAGUUUGGGUUCGGUUUCAAUAUUUGUCCUGCCCUUUGGGAUGGAAGCUAUAGCGUCUUCUCUCGGUGAAGCGGUCUUCUCUUCUUUGUUUCGUUCGCUGUUGGACUUGACCUCUUCCGCCCGCUUUGUCAAAUUUGCUCGCAAAGAGAAAAUUUUUUCCGAACUCAAGAAGUGGGAAAAGAUGCUGCUCAAUAUCAAUGCUUCCAUCGAAGAUGCAGAAGAAAAGCAAAUCACAAGCGAAUUAGUGAAGUCGUGGCUCACGAAUUUAAGAGACAUUGCAUAUGAUGCUGAAGAUAUCAUCGAUGAGCUAGCCACUGAAGCUCGGCGCCGCAAAAUGAAGGAGCAUCCGGGGGCCUCUUCGUCCACCCGCAAGGUAAGGAGAUAUAUUUCAACUUGCUGCCUCAGUUUUAAUCCUUCAACCGUUAAGUUUAGCACCAAAAUGGAAUCCAAAAUAAAGAUGGUUACUGCUAGACUAGAAGAGGCUGUUGGAUUAAAGAAUGAUUUGAGCUUAGUUGAAAAUGAUAGAAGGAGAUAUGAAAUAAUAAGAGAGAGACUACGAAGCAGUUCUCUUGUUGAUGAGUCUCGUGUCUAUGGCAGGGAAAGAGAUAGAGAGGCCAUUCUUGAUUUGCUGAUGAACGAUAGUGACGAGGGCAUUGGUGAUAUUGGUGUGAUUUCCAUUGUGGGAAUGGGAGGAGUGGGUAAAACCACUCUCGCUCAGUUAGUGUACAAUGAUGUCAAAGUUGAAAGAUUUUUUGAUCUGAGAGUGUGGGUUAGUGUUUCUGAGGAAUUUGAUGUUGUUAGGGUGACGAGCACAGUGCUUCAGGCUCUUACUUUGGAGAGUUGCAAUUUUAAGGAUUUCAAUUUGCUCCAAGUAACCCUAAAGGAGAAGCUGUUUGGGAAGAAAUUUUUUGUUGUUUUAGAUGAUGUUUGGAAUGAGAACUAUGAGCAGUGGGAAAUUCUUAGUAGGCCCUUCAUUGCAGGGGCAGCUGGAAGUAAAAUACUUGUGACAACUCGAAAUGAAGGUGUUGCUUCCAUCAUGUCUAAUUGUGGGACUUAUCCUUUGAAGGAAUUGACAAACCAUGAUUGCCUCUCGUUGUUCACUCGGCAUGCUCUUGGGACUUUAGGUUUUGAAGAACACCCAGACCUAAAAGUUAUAGGUGAGGAAAUAGUGAGGAAGUGCAAAGGCUUGCCAUUGGCUGCUAAGACCCUCGGAGGACUCCUGCGUACUAAAUGGAACCGUGAUGAGUGGGAAGACAUAUUGAAGACCAAGAUGUGGGAUUUGCCAGAAGACAAAAGCGGAGUGCUUCCAGCUCUGAGAUUAAGCUACCAUCACCUUCCUUUCCAUCUGAAGCGGUGUUUUUCUUAUUGUGCUAUAUUUCCAAAGGAUUAUGAAUUUGAUGAGGAUGAGUUGGUUCUAUUGUGGAUGGCAGAGGGCUUCUUGCACCAUACAAAAGGAAAGAAGCAAAUGAAGGACAUAGGAGUUGAAUAUUUUCAUGAUUUACGGGCGAGAUCUUUUUUCCAACAGUCAACUUGUAACAAAAUGAGGUAUGUGAUGCAUGACCUCAUAAAUGACCUAGCUCAAUCCGUUUCCAGAGAAACAUGCUUCAAUUUGGAUGACCUAGCUCAAUCCGUUUCCAGAGAAACAUGCUUCAAUUUGGAUGGAGACAAAUUAUAUGCAAGAGUUGAAAAGUUUCGUCAUUUUUCAUUCCUUCGUCACCAAUAUGACGUUUCAAAAAGAUUUGAAAUCUUGCAUCACAUGAAAAGUUUAAGAACUUUCUUAGCUUUACCCAUUCAUACAUUGCCCUGGGCAGCAAAUUCCUUUUUAAGUAACAAUAUCUUACAAGAGUUGCUGCCAAGGUUAAAAUGCUUAAGAGUGUUGUCUCUGAGUGGUUAUUGCAUUGAUGAGCUACCGCAUCACAUUGGUGAUUUGAUACAUUUGCGGUACCUUAAUUUAUCUCGCACCAUAAUCAAAUCAUUGCCUGAUUCUAUGGGUUCUCUUUUCAACUUACAGACAUUGAUACUGAAUGGGUGCAAGAACCUUAUUACAUUGCCUCAAGCUAUUGAGAAUCUGAUUAAUCUUCAUGUUCUUGAUCUCACUGAUACUGAUAGCUUGAAAGAGAUGCCGAAGCAUAUAGGUAAUCUGAAAAAUCUACAGAUUUUGUCCCAAUUCAUUGUGCAAAGUGAUGGGGGGCCUGACAUCAGAGAAUUGAAGGGCUUGUUACAUUUGCGAAAGGAGCUUUCCAUUCUUGGGCUGGAAAAUGUAGUUGAUACUCGAGAUGCUAGGGGUUACAUUCUGAAGGAUAAGAAGGAGCUUGACAGGUUAGAUUUGCAAUGGAGUCUGGAAUUCCUUGAUCAUGGAAAUGGUGAAGAUGGGAUGCCUGUUUUCAACAUGCUACAGCCUCAUGGAAAUCUUAAAACAAUUAGAAUCGUGUUUUAUGGUGGUACAACAUUUCCUUCUUGGUUAGGUGGUUCCUCAUGGGCUAAUAUCGUGGAUAUAAGCCUCUCUAAGUGUAGAAACAUUAUGUCCCUUCCAGCACUUGGGAGACUGCCCUCACUCAAGAAAUUGUCCAUUGAAGGCAUGAAUGGAAUCAAAAAAUUGGAUCUUGAGUUUUUUGGAGAUAGUUUACCUUUCUUUAAGCCUUUUCCGGUUUUGGAAGUUCUACAGUUUCAGAAUAUGUUGAAUUGGAGAUAUUGGUAUUGUCCUAACAAAGCUAAUAAAGAAGAUGGAGAAUUCCCUAGUCUGCGUGAGCUUAUGAUUCAUAAUUGUCCCAAGUUGUAUCAGAAAUUACCCAGAUACCUGCCUUCUCUGGUGAAGCUUACAAUCAAAGGAUGCCCGAAUGUGGCUUAUUCAGUUAUGAGCCUCCCAUCUCUUCUUGAGCUAAAUAUUGAAGAUUGCAAUAAAAUGCUCUCAAGGAGCAUGGUUGACCUUGCCUCUCUAACUAUAUUGAGAAUCAGGAGUCUAUCCGACCUUACCUGUCUUCCAGAUGGCUUUGAACAGUUUCCAGGAGCACUUAAGCACCUUGUCCUUUCCAGUUGCACCAGAUUGACAUCCUUGUGGCAGAAUUGGUUCACGUCUCUUGAGCAUUUGCAUAUUGACUCAUGCCCAAAGCUUGUAUCCUUUUCAGAGACAGGUUUCUUGUCCACACUCAGGCAUCUCCGGCUCAAAGAUUGUCCGGUGCUUAAGGACCUGCCCAAUUGGAUAAUGAGGCAUUGUGAAUUUACCAGCUGUCUUCUUGAAGACUUGGAAAUUGAAGAAUGUCCUUCUCUCACAUGCUUUCCAAGAGGGAGUUUACCUUCUACAUUGAAAAGUUUAAAAAUUCAAGGUUGCUUUGUCCUACGUUCUCUACCUGAGGGACUGAUGCAGGUUGAUAACAACAAAAUUACAUCUUAUCUUGAGAAUUUGGAGAUCAUUGAUUGCCCAUCUCUCGUUUACUUUCCUGAAGGCAAAUUACCAACUAGCCUUAAAAUGCUUAAGAUUUGGGAUUGCUUGCAGCUGGAGCCCCUUCCAGAUAGAAUUCUGCCCAAUAACGCAUCCCUUGAAUGCAUUGGUAUCUGGAACUGGUCAACUCUAAUAUGCUUGCCAGAGUCUCUUCACAACCUCUCGUGUCUGGUAGAAUUAAAUAUAAGCAAUUGUCAAGAUCUGAAAUACUUCCCAGAGAUAGGUUUGCCCCUCCCCAACCUGAGAAAGUUGGAUAUCGGCACUUGUGCCAAUCUCAAGUCUCUACCCGAUCAGAUGCUAAAUCUCACUUCUCUUCAAUAUUUAACAAUUUGUGACUGUCCAUGUCUUGUUUCUUUUCCUAGAGGGGGCUUGCCUCCUAACUUAUUAUCACUCGAGAUCUGGGAUUGUAAAGAACUCAAGGAACCAGUGUCAAAAUGGAACUUGCAUGCGUUAACCUCUCUCAGAGACUUCAGCAUUGCCGGUGGACCAGAGAUGGUUUCCUUUCCAGAUGAGAAGUGUCUGCUUCCUACAACUAUAGUUUCAAUAUAUAUUGCAAGACUCCAUAAUCUAGAAUCCCUGUCCGUGGGGCUUCAAAAUUUGUCCUCGCUUGAAGAGCUAGAGGUUGUUGAGUGUCCUAAGCUUCGACGCUUGCCAAGGGAAGGGUUGCCUGAAACACUUGGAAGACUUUGUAUCAGGAACUGUUCACUUCUAGAAAACCAAUGUUCAAGAGAUAAAGGAGAAUAUUGGCACUUCAUAUCCCGGAUCCCCUGUGUUGAGAUUAAAGCAACAGAUAUUUAGUGGGCUUUGGCAGAUCAGCUUGUGGAAAAUCUUAUAAACAAUGAUGUACUUUCUCUCUUGCUUUGUAGAUGGAUAAGAAGUAUGUUACACUGAAAAAUGUUCCGGCCAUCAGUACAGUCAACUGAGAUACAUCCUGGAAACAAAGCUAACUAGUUCCAUGGAUUUUCUAAAAUUUUCUACUGGAAUUGAGGUUGUGAUCUUGCUCAUUGUUUAAGCCAUUGAUAGCGUACUAAGGACAAAACUAUACUGCUGAUGCGUACGCGUUUUAGUUUUGGAUCUGUUGCGGAGAAAAGUCAACAAUGUUUCCUUCCCAAAUGCGGUUGGGGCUCUAGUUGUGGCUAUGAUGAGUUGAACUUUGUUGUGCAUCUUAAUUAAUGUGUGUAUCAUGUCUGGUUAUAAUUGAAGAUUGACCCCAUAUUGACUGGAGACUUACAGCUAAUGUUUGUAUAUAUACGAGGAUUAUGUUUAGAUAUGUGAACCACAGAGUGUAUUGUAUUUUAUGCUGGUCAAGGAGACCUUUGACUAAAUUGGAUCAAUAUCACCACUCAAUUUUGACUUGUUAUUGUGUACCAAUUGUUAAGUUGUCUUUUUUUUUUUUUUUAAAUCGGGUAGUAUGAUUUAACUUUACAGAGGAUGCCGUCCUGAAGCUCCAUGUAGGCCCCUUUAAAGUCAUUGCAGCAGUUGGAAAAAAGAGUUUCGUCUGUCUGUUCCUUGAUUAUAUAUGGCUUUGAUUGAUGAAAGAAUCCAUCAUUGAUAAGUAAAAGACUGGUCUUCUCUUAUCUCUUUACAGGUUUCUCAGUUAAAAAUUAUGAUCAGUCCUUGUCAGA